UUGAGAGCCUCGCAGACCCGCUCAAAACUCAAAAGGUAACAAGUAACAAGACAAGUGUAGCUGUAGCUGUUGGUGACCGGUGAGAUUGCCGCAGCAGACACACACACACACAAUUCCUGUGACGAAAAUACUGGAUACAGAAAAUUUAAAACAAAAUGAAGCGCUCAGCCAAAGUUGCUUUCAACAACGAUGAUUCUUCUGAAGUCGAUGACCCAGAUGCGGCUCAAAUAAGCAGGGAAAAAGGAAAAGAAAGUGCUCCAUCUAAUAGCAGCACCUGCGAUGCUGAAUUAAAACAAAUGGACAGAAAUUCCGUCAAGAAAGUAGUGGCUAAUGUCAAGAAGCAGAUGCUCACGUUGCACUGCCUGUGGAAAAAUUGCGGCUUCAGUAAUUCAGGCAAUGUCAGCAAAUUCGUUGACCAUGUAGCCACUCACAUCAGUCAGCUAGAGGUGUUUCAGUACGAAAGCGAAGAAUUUUCUUUGUGUUACAAGUGCUUAUGGGGUGAGUGUGGGGCGUUUCUGAAUUCAACUCUGGAGGCUCAACUGCAUGUGUAUUAUCACGGAGCAUACCAAGAGGCAAUUGAGUUUGGCACGGCAGUCAUGGCACAUGAAAAUUUUCCACAAUGCAACAGGAUCAGCGGCUUCAAAGACUGUAUCUCUGAAGAUUUUGACACCUCCAAGAAGCCAAAGUGUCUUUGGAGUUCGUGCACACAGCCUGAAUUCAUUAAUCCCUACAAAUUCUAUGAACACGUCAGUGGUCAUGUUUCCAACACAGAUUCUAAAGCUGAGUGCUGUGCUUGGGAUUAUUGCAACAAGAAAUCUCGUAGCAAAAAUGACCUGCGCCGUCAUGUGGUAUGUCACACAAUGGAGAAAUGCAUUGCUUGCCCCACUUGCUCUGUUUCCUAUUGCUCCGUUACAAAGUUUUUUGAUCACUGCGUUCGGCAGGCUAAAGAUAAACCAUUUGAGUGCGACAUUUGCGGUGAAAAAUACCCGUCAUUACGAAUUUUGAAAACUCAUCAGCGCUGCCACAAAAACACACUUGAGUGUCCAUACUGCGAUUUUACCACCAGUGGGCCUUCGCACUUAUCAGAACACGUUCGUAGGAAACACCUCUCAGCCAAACCGUUCAGCUGUCAAUAUUGUGACUACAGCACCAAGACCAAAAAAAGUCUCCAAGAUCAUAUGUACAUCCACUUCUCUGAUGCAGUGCGUAAGUGCACCGCUGAUGGCUGUGGUUACAAAUGCAGAUCCUACUAUAGUAUGGAGAAGCACAGAGCAGAGAAACAUGGCAUUGGUAUAAGAUUGGGAUUCAACUGUGACAUGUGUUCCAUGAAAUUCAGGAGAGGAAAAUCUCUCAGACUCCACUACGUUCGGGUGCACAAAAUCACACUGUCUGAGAAAGUUGAAUACUUUCGCAAAGACGACGGCUCGCAUCUAGUGCUUCCCAAAGAUGUCAUUGACCGUGCUGAGAAAGAACAUUCAUCAGGUUCACCCGCUGAAAGUGACAGCAGCAUAGACUCUGAAAGUUCUCUCUUUGUCACCUACGACCAGCUUGAUACAGAUGGCAACGUGACCUCCAAAGUGCUGGUUGGCACGCAGUCCAUGACGUACAUGCCGCAAGUGCUCACUAUGCCAAACAACCCUGUCGAAGAAACGUCGCAAGAGCAGCUGACCAAUAUGAACCCCAUCCCCCUUACCAUCGAUUAUCCACCUAUGUUCAUCUUUCAGAGCAGCCUCGACUCGCUCCGUAACGCAAACAAGGAUGCAGCAGCCUUCCACAUCAUUAUGCAGAAGCCCACUGAGCAGGGGUAG